CAUAAAUAACUCAUUUAUCCGAUUGUAAGCCUAUACUCUUCGAUUUUCGUGACAAAAAAAAAAAGCCUGUACUCUUCGAUCUUAACGUGUGAAACCCACUCGAGUUUUUGCAAUCUCAUCAAGUAUGUCGACCGGAAAAGCACCGGAGAAGUCUAGUUUUUCCCGGAGAUGUACUUUGCUCAGCCGGUACUUGAAGGAGAAGGGUAGUUUCGGGAAUAUUGAUAUUAGUUUGGCUCAUAAACUCGAUCUUGAUCUCGCCAGAAAAUCUGAUCUUAGAGGACAACAAAAUGAGUUAAAGAAGGCAGACAUUUCUGAAACCAGAACCUUCGACGUGAAACAGAAGCUUUCAGUAGGUGAAGCCUCUACUUCUUCCGGAGGCAAACCCAGCUUUGUCGAUCUAAGUGAACCAGCAAGUGUAGUACCAGAGCCUGGAAACUCCCAGUUGACCAUGAUCUUCCGCGAUAAACUUAUGGUUUACGAGUUGCCUGAAGACAAAGCAAAGGAGAUAAUUGAAGCAGCGACCGAAGCACAUCGUGUUGCUGUUGCUUCAAAGAACACUCAGAAACUAAACAUGAACGUCAGCAACGAAAGCAAAGUUGUGAUUCCUGAUCUGAACGAGCCAACGAGUUCCGGGACCAACAACGAUGAUCAUCAAACCGGAGAGCAACAUCAAGUCGUGGAACGCAUUGCAAGAAGAGCCUCUCUUCAUCGAUUCUUUGCUAAACGAAAAGACAGGGCUGUGGCUAGAGCUCCGUAUCAAGUGAAUCAAAGUGGUGGUCAUCUUCCUCCCAAGCCACAAAAGGUUGGUCCAUCGGUAGAGCUAGGACAACCCUCGCGACAGCCUGAGACUCCCUCAAAACCAAAGAGAGAUAACGAUGUGUCGAUGGAAGUGGACGGAGAAGAAGGGCGGUGUUCGAAAGAUCUCGAACUCAAACUUUAGGACAUAUAAAAUGUUCAUGAUCGAGUUCACGUUUGGAUUUUGACUUAUUUAGGAUUUGAAGCUACAUAAUAAAUGUUUAGAUUCUUUGAGGUUGUAUUAUUACGUAGUCAUACUUUUCUAUAUAACUAUAUAUACUCGUUUCUCAA